AGCCACUCAUUUGUAUUGUAUGAGAUGGAGCAAUGGCUUCCAGUUGUUCUGCCUGCAACUUUAUCAGUGGAGGCAAUGUAAAAUCUUUAUACCCCAAUACUAAUUGCAGGGGUGUAAUUAUAACUGUAAUUUAGUGAGUGAUCUUCCAAAGGGAGAAGCCUGGGUAUUGGCUAUCAUGUGUACGAGGCCUCGGGGAAGGUUGUUCUUGAAAAUGAACAUUAAUUGAGCCGGUUAAUAUAAAAGCCCCAUAGCAGCACCGUAUAUUGGUUCUACCACAGUUUUAUGUGCAGAAAAAACCCUGGUUUUACUAUUUUAAUAUUUGAAUGUUAUUUCCCAGAGUUCUGACAGAGAAAGAGAUUCUCCUUUUGGCAAAGCGAGAGCAACAUCCUUUCCUCACUGGAUUGUUUGCCUCGUUCCAAACUGAGCAUCAUGUUUGCUUCGCCAUGGAUUAUGCGGCUGGAGGCGAUUUAGAAAAAUGGACAAAAAACCCGCAAUUCGACUAUGAAGCAUCGAUAUUUUACUCUGCUUCUGUUGUUCUGGGGUUGGAAUUCCUCCAUGAGCACAACAUUGUUCAUAGAGAUUUAAAGCUGGAAAAUGUCCUACUGGAUGAAUCUGGAUAUAUAAAAAUUUCAGACUUCGGCCUUUGCAAAAUGGGAAUGGGUGUCGGAGACCUAACCAAAUCCUUCGUUGGAACACCCUAUUAUGUCGCUCCAGAGAUAUUUAAAAGGGAGCCCUAUGGAAAAGAAGUAGACUGGUGGGCUCUAGGAGUGAUGCUCUUUUACAUGGUAGUUCAUAAGUUCCCUUUUAAUGGAAAAACAGUGCAUGAACUGUCUAGAAUUGUCCAGUAUGAAAGGCCGACCAUUCCAUGUACUCUCCCAUCUGAUUUCUACAUUACAAUAAAAAGACUUUUGGCCAAAUAUCCUGUGAAUCGCUUGGGAUCAAAUGGAGCUGAAGAAGUGAAGAAAAGCCGUUUGUUCUGUAACACAAAUUGGGAUGGCCUCUUGAAUAAAACUGUGAUGCCACCAAUCAUGCCUCCUGUGAAUAGCUCAAGCAAUAACAGCAGCUCUAAGGCAAACCUUGUUAUAACUACUGGCGAGAGUAAUUUGCCUAUCCCAGCCUCUGUCAAUGAAGCGCUCCAGGACUUUGAGUAUUAUGCUGGUUGA